AAGGCUCCAGCACGAGCUGGGGAAGCGUUUGGGAGCAGGAGUCACGCAUGCGCACAGAUUGUUGCCAGAAGAGCAAGACAGCGGAGGUGGGAACUUGCGCACUGAAGGAUCUCAGCCUUGUUAUCACGCGCAGAGCAGAGCGGAGCGAAACCAGGCAGCAGGCGAGGCAGGAUCUGUGGAAAUCCCCCCGAGCUGUCUCUCUCUCUCGCGAUGGCGGCGAUGGCGACAUUAUCACCGGAGACCCCGCACGCACAGACGCACAGAGACCCCCCUAGCUGUACGGCAGCAGGAGGUGCGAGCCUCUGCGGUCUGAGCGGACUUCACGCGGGGAUGAGUUUUAACCGGGGCUUGGAGCGCGCGCUGGAAGAGGCGUCUCUCUCGGGGCGCCUGAACCUCAGCGGGAGGAAGCUGAAGGAGUUCCCGAAACAGCAGAACUACGACCUGACGGACACCGUGGAGGCAGACCUGUCCAGGAAUCGUCUGUGCGAUGUGCCGCCUGAGCUGUUCCACUGGGUGGCGCUAGAGAGACUGAGUCUCUAUCACAACAGCAUACGCAGCGUGCCGGACACACUCACCUCCCUACACACACUCAACACGCUGAACAUCAGUCGUAACCAGUUGUGUGUGUUGCCUGCGUGUGUGUGUGUGCUGCCGCUGCGAGUGUUAAACGUCUCCAACAACAAGCUGAACUCACUACCAGACGCACUCAGCAGCAUACACACUCUCAUGGAACUGGACGUGAGCUGUAAUGAGUUGACGUCUCUUCCUCGCCACAUGGGACGCCUGCGAGCUCUGAGGGAAUUAAACCUGCGCAGGAACCUUCUGUGUGUUCUACCGGACGACCUGGCGUGUGUGGCACUAGUAAAGCUGGACUUCUCCUGUAACAAAGUGUCCACCAUCCCGACCAGCUAUCGCAAGAUGACCCAACUACAGACACUAAUACUGGACAACAACCCACUACAAAGCCCCCCGACACAGGUGUGUAUGCGCGGUAUGGUUCACAUUUUUAAGUACCUGUCAUUGGAGGCGUGUCCAGGAGAGAAGAUUGACAGCCUGUAUCAACCAAUAGCAGACAAGAUUGACGGCCUUUAUCAGCCAAUCAAUGAUAAGAUGCGGCUCUCACGGCCGGGGACAGGCAGUGUUGAGGACAUGUCGUGUGUGUCGUGUCGUCAUAGCGAUUCGGGCCUCGGCAGUGACAGCGGAGACAAACGCCUCUCCACUACAGAGCCCUCAGAUGAGGACAGUUUGUCUUUGAGCCACAUCAUCCGAGAGGAGGCGGGACUUAACACACAGGGGGAGGGGCUUAACCGGGACGACUCAACAGACCACAUCAGCAGCCUGUCAGUGGAUCCAGACUGUUCUCUUCAGCUCAACCACCAGGACCAAACACACACACUCAGCUCUCCUUUCAUCAGCUACAUACAGAGUCGAACAGCUGAUUUCGAUGAGCCGCUGAGGAUUGAGGAAGACGUGAACUGGAGCACCCAAACACAGGCUGAGGUGCAGUUGAUUCAGCAGUUGAGAGAAGCUGUAGAACUCUUACAGGAUCCCAGCAGGGCGAAUAUGAGUUCUGGAAUGUCUAUUUUUCCGGGGGAGACGGCGUGCUUGGAGGAAACACUAAAUGGGCAGCAACAUGAAGAGGAAACGGCCCCUCCCAAGAUUGAGGGGGACUCUGCAGGACUCGCUUCUCCUCCCUUUGGCUUGAAGCCACGCUCAGCCACUCCCCAUCCGACCACGCCCCCUAACACACCCCCAGAAGCACACGCGGACGUGUUUAGGCUCUCUAAGGAGGCUGCAGAUCCGCAGUUCACCAUGAGGAGGCGAAUGGAACAGCUGAAGGAGGAAAUGGAACUGAUGGAACAGCUGCGACAGGCUAUUGAGGGCCGCUUGAAGGUGUCUCUGUGUGAGGAUUUGGGUUCCGCGUUGAGUGACGGCGUCGUGCUGUGUCAUCUAGCCAAUCACCUGAGGCCUCGAACCAUCAACAGCAUACAUGUGCCCUCCCCCGCCGUGCCCAAGUUGAGCAUGGCUAAGUGCCGCCGUAAUGUGGAGAGUUUUCUGGACGCCUGCAGGAAGAUGGGAGUCCCUGAGUCUUCUGUCUGUUCUGCCUACGACAUCCUGCAAUCCCGCCUCAGGCCACUGGAGGCCACUGUCCGCGCGCUGCUGCUGCUCACUGCAGAUCGAGACGAUGGGGGGAUAGGGAGAGGAGAGGGGAGAGGAGUGGAGAGAGGGAUAGGAAGAGGAGAGAGGGGAGGAGUGGAGAGAGGGAUAGGGAGAGCUAGAGAUGGAGGGAGAGAAGGAGGAGUGGAGAGUAGCAGACAGAGAGGGAAGGAGGGAGGAAGAGAGAGAGGAGAGGAGGGAGGGAGAGAGGGAGCGGUAGAGGGAGAGAGAGAGGGAGCUGUGGAGAGCGAUAGAGGGCUAGAGAGAGAGAGCGAGAAAGAGAGAGAGAGAGAGGGAUACCUCUUCCUGUUCCUGCCUCUCUUGGCUCCUCCCCCUGGCUGGCAGCUCUGGGAUCUGAUUGGCUCCUGCAGACUCCACCUACUCUGCUGCCUCCUCAUCGCACUACUGGCCUAUAGCAUCACAGAGUUCACUUAGCGCACACACACACACACGCACACACACACACACA